AUGGCGCAGAAACCCAUGAGCACCUUGGCGGCCGAGCGCUUGAAUUUCGUGGCCCAGGACCAGAUCUGGAGAUACCGACUGCGGGCUGAGUCGGAGGCGCGUCAGAAUUGGAACCAGAAGUGGGGGUUUCUGACCACGCCCUUCGAGGAGUUGAUCAGUGGAGAAGCCCCUCCCACCCCAAAGCCCAAGAUCGAGCUUCCGGAACGCUUCCGCAUCCGGCCCGUGACCGACGUGCACAAGUACAUCAAGGUGCUGCCUUCGCCCCCCGUCCCCCAAACCACCCAGGGCUUCAUCGGCUGGCGGUCGGGGGUGCCGGGCCUGAACACGAGCCUGGAGCUCGACAGCGAGAUCCGCAGCUGCAAAGGCACGUACGCCCGGGAGCUGCGCUGGCCCCAGCAGGGCAUCCACUGA